AUAUUCAUAGAUAAGUAUUUAAAUUUAACUAACCUUAUUAUCUUGAAUGUAUUGAUAAUUGAUACUGUAUUGUCUCUGAUUCUACUUUAUUUUAAAUUAAAUUCGAACUUAAAUUCACAAAAGAACCUACUUAUAUCCUCCUUUAUAUCCUACUUAUAUCCUCGUAACAGUAAGUUCAUGUUUCUCGUAUCCUCAUUUAUUCCAUUAUUCCUAUUUGUCAGUUAAGCUUGAAUGCGCUGAUAUUCCAAAAUCUAGUUAACCAUUCCUGUCAUUUUGAUUCCAUUAUGUUUUAUAUACUUUUCAAAUUAUGAUUGUAGGAAAUCUUAAAAAGCGACGUACAUAGGAGUAGUUUUAUAUGUACCCAUUCAAAAUGGAAGUGGAAGCAAAUGAAAAUGAUCAAAUGAUUGAGUGUUCAGCUUUUGAAGGUGACUUCAAGAUUCAUCUAGGAAAAAUGGAAGAUGUUGAUAUUUCCGAACAUUUCAUUGAUGAAAAUGCAGUUUAUGACAGGACAUUGUACUUGGAAAAUAUCCAUGUAAACAACUUGGAAUAUCUAUCUGAACAUAAAGGUUUUCCUAAUUCUUUAAAACCGAAAGAAUCAACCCAAAUUCAUGAAGAAUUCUUUAAUUUGAAAAUGGAAAAACAUGAUUGUAACCUAUGUGAUUACGCUACAACUCUGAAAAAUAAUCUCAAACAACAUAUACUUUCUAUUCAUCCAAAUCUGAAGGCACAUAAGUGUAGCCUAUGUGAUUAUGCUGCGAACCAGAAAGUGAUUCUCAAACGACAUAUUGAUUCAGUUCAUUUAAAAUUGAAGAAACAUAAGUGUCACUUUUGUGAUUAUGCUGGAACUGUGAAAGAUAAUCUUCAAAAACACAUAAAGUCAGUCCAUGUAAAUUUGAAGAAACAUAAGUGUCAACUGUGUGAUUAUUCUGCAAAUUAUAAAGCGCAUAUCAAUCAACACAUGAGGUCAGUUCACUCGAAUUUGAAGGAACAUAAAUGUAACCUCUGUGAUUAUGCUACAAAUCAGAAGGGACAUCUCAAUGCACACAUGAAUUUUAAUCAUUUAAAUUUGAAGGAACAUAAAUUUAACCUGUGUGAUUAUGCUACAAAUAGGAAAUUGACUCUCAAAAAACGUAUGAAAUCAGUCCAUGUAAAUUUAAAGAAACAUAAGUGUCAACUGUGUGAUUAUGCUGCAAAGUAUAAAGCUCAUAUCAAUCAACACAUGAAGUCAGUUCACUCGAAUUUGAAGGAACAUAAAUGUAACCUCUGUGAUUAUGCUACAAAUCAGAAGGGACAUCUCAACGCACACCUGAAUUCUAUUCAUUCAAAUUUGAGGGAGCAUAAAUGUAACCUGUGUGAUUAUGCUACAAAUAGGAAAGUGACUCUUGAAAAACACAUAAAAUCUAUUCACGUUAAUUUGAGAGAACAUAAAUGUCAACUGUGUGAUUAUGCUGCAAAUCAUAAAGUGCAUCUCAAUCAACACAUGAGUUCUGUACACUUGAAUUUGAAGGAACAUAAAUGUAACCAGUGUGAUUAUGCUACAAAUAAGAAAUGGAUUCUCGAACAACACAUAAAAUCAUUCCAUGUAAAUUUGAAAGAACACAAGUGUCAAAUGUGUGAUUAUGCAACAAAUCAUAAAAGAUAUCUCAAUGACCACAUGAAUUCUGUUCAUUUGAAUUUGAAGGAAAAUGAGUGUCACCUGUGUGAUUAUGCUACAGCUCAUAAAUCACAUCUCAAUCAACACAUGAAUUCUGUUCACUUAAAAAUAAAGAAUCAUAUGUGUCACCUCUGUGAUUUUGCUACAAGUCAGAAACCAAGUCUCAAACGACAUAUAAAUUCAAUUCAUUUAAAAUUGUAUGAACAUAAAUGUCACCUAUGUGACUAUGGUACUAGUCGAUAUAUGAAUCUCAAACAACAUAUAGAAUCUGUUCAUAUAAAUUUCAAAGAAUAUAAAUGUAAUCUCUGUGAUUAUGCUACAAAUCAGAAGGGACAUCUCAAUGAACACAUGAAUUCUGUUCAUUUGAAUUUGAAGAAAUAUAAAUGUAACCUGUGUGAUUAUGCUACAGUUCAUAAAAGAUAUCUUCCUCGACACAUGAAUUCUGUUCACUUGAAAAUUAAGGAUCAGAAGUGUCACCUCUGUGAUUAUGCUGCAAAUCAGAGAGGGAAUCUCAAACGACAUAUAGCUUCAGUUCAUUAAAAUUGAAGGAGCAUAAGUGUCUAUUUUCCAGACAGGGUAAGCUCUACAUAAUAUAAAUGGAUUUGGAGGAAAGUAAUUGUCACCUUAAGGUUAUUAUGAAAUAAUAUCCAUUUAAAAUGUUCGAAAUAUUGUUCAAAUAACAAUAAAGUUUGUUCUAAAUACAGAAAUAAAAUUAGAUUGCAUAAAG